CUUCAAGUCCCACAACGCAUAGCAUUUCCGCAAACACUUCCUAUUUACAGAUGACGGCAUUACACGUCUGUCGUUUAACGCAGAAAGGAUGUACACCUUAUUAUCGGGUCUCUACAAAUACAUGUUCCAGAAGGACGAGUACUGCAUUCUGAUUCUCGGAUUGGAUAAUGCUGGAAAGACGACGUUUUUGGAACAGACCAAGACGAAAUUCAGCAAAAAUUACAAAGGGAUGAGUUUGUCGAAGAUCACAACCACAGUGGGUCUAAACAUUGGGACAAUAGAUGUUGGCAAGGCACGGCUAAUGUUCUGGGAUCUUGGAGGACAGGAGGAGUUGCAAUCGCUUUGGGAUAAAUAUUAUGCAGAAUCCCAUGGAGUGAUUUAUGUGAUUGACUCCACUGAUGAAGAGCGCCUGUCAGAAUCAAAAGAAGCCUUCGAGAAAAUGAUCAGCAGUGAAGUAUUAGAAGGGGUUCCUCUUCUUGUGCUAGCCAACAAACAGGAUGUGGAAAACUGUUUAUCAGUACCAGACAUUAAAACGGCCUUCAGUGACUGUGCUCCGAAGAUUGGGAAAAGGGAUUGCCUUGUACAGCCAUGCACGGCCCUCACAGGGCAGGGUGUAAACGAAGGCAUCGAAUGGAUGGUGAAGUGUGUGGUCCGGAACAUCCACCGCCCCCCCAGGCAGAAGGACAUAACAUAGGGCCCUCUGGGACUGAGCCUGGCCCCACACACCCUGACACUCUGACCGCAAGGCAACGGUGUUCACAUCGGCCCUGCACACCUCCACAGGAAGAAACAUCUCCUUUUACCUGUGUCCAAAUGUUGAACAUGUCCCACAUCAUGUGGACAUCCAGGAUAUUUGGAAUGGACUUUUAACUCCUUUUUUCCUUGUUGGACAUAUUAUGGUUAACAUGGUCAAACUAUACCACAAAAAAAAAAAAAAAAGAUUUUUUAGAUGUGUUUUUUUAAAUGUGUGUGUAUGUGUACAUACACAGACACACAAGUACACUACUUUGGGACUGAGCUGACCUUCCUUUGUUUGAUGUCUUGAUGUUGGCGUUAAUUAUGAUAUUAGAUUGCAUUUGCUUACAUGUUGUUUUUCCAUGAUCAAUAAGGCCUUUGUUCAGUUAAAAAAGCACUGACCUUUGUCCUUAACUUUGUGGAAUGGUUUGAAGUUCUACCUUUUCCUUUUAUAUUUUUCAUUCUUUUCAGAUUUUCACCAUUUCCGUAAGAUAAGUACAAAGUGCUCAACAGCUGGACUGAAUAGAGACAUUAAUUUUAUUUCUGUGUAUUAAACUUGAAGGUAAACCUGCAAGAAAGAUUCCAGUGUUCUUGUUUGACGAAUAAACAGAAAAAACCCGA